UGGAGGGCGUUAUGGCUGAGUUGUGUUUGUGUUUAUAUCAUUAGUAGUUUCGUCUUAUUCCUAUGAUUUUAGAGGCAUCUAAUUCAAAGUAAGAACAUCUAUAGGAAGUAUCCUGAAUUACAAAUCCAACCAUGGCUGCGACCGAGAGGGAAUUUGACCCCUCGCAGUUUCAAAUUCAAAAUAAUGAUGAAGAAAUAGUCCAGUAUUUCCUCCAGUGGCAAGAAGAAGAAAAUAGAUACGCUGAAACAGCCGAGAGAGAAAGAGCUCAGUUAGAGGAAGACAUACACAAUGCCUUUCAAUCGAGGGAGAAUUUUGAAAACACAGUUUUUAACUCGGAGGACAGAAAACAAAUGCUGGAAAAGGAAAGAGAAGAAGUUGCCAGACUUAGAAAGCUGUAUGCUGAACGAAAUGAAAGAAACUUAGCUGCCCAUAAGGAGCAGUUGAAGAACUUCACGGAAAAGCAAAAACAAAUUUUUGAAUCGUUAUCUGCAGAUGAGAAACGCAAGGCAGAGCUGUUGGAGCAACGUCGAAAAGAAAGGCUUGCGAAGACAAAGGAAGUGUUUGACCAAGGAAUCGAAGACGAAAACCAGAAACGCAACAACUUUCAGGAAAAGAGAGUUGAGAAAGAGAAAAAGAUCAUUUCAAACACGGUGAAAGAUCUAUCUGAGGAAGAUGCHAAAGCGACAGCCAAAUUGAAGCAGCUGCAAGAAAAGCAGAAAAAGUUUCARGAAGAAGCCGUUGAAAGAGAAAAAUUGGAACUUGAAAAAGCGAAAACGAGACUUGUUGGUCAUGAUAAUUAUCUUGAGAAAUUAAAAGAGGAAGAAGCGGCGUACUUCAAUCAGAUGAAAGAAAGGCAAGAGAAAGCCAAGGAGGAGUUGCAGAACCGWCGAAAGCAAUGGCAAGACGAGAAACAACAAAGUGAGCAAGAAUUAGCUGCAAAACUCGAUUCUAAAAAGCACCAACAGGGUUCGAAACGACAAGAAGAAGAAGAAGCGAGAAUUGCACUAGAAGAAGAAAUACAUAAUCUGGAGUUGGAAAAAAUAGUCGAGUUCAAAUCUCUUCACAAAAAGGAAAUGGACCAAAUUGCUUUGGAUAAGGCUUUAGAGGUCGAAGAGAACAAGCGGAAAAUAGCGGAGUCAGAGAAGGCAACGUUCAAAUCACAAAGAGAAGAGGCUGCUAAGGCAAGAAUGGAGUUGGAAAAAGAGAUUCAUGCACGAGAACACAGUCACAGACAAGAAAAACUCACUAAAAUACAGAACGAAUGGGAUGAUUAUCUCGAAGAGUUGAAUCAAAAAGGAAACGAGAAAACUCAACGAGACGCUGCCAAGCUCGAAGCCGCUGAACAGCAAAGAAGGGAAGAAGAACAAAGAGCUGUAGAAAUAGCAGAGCGGCGUAAAGUUGAGCAACAGCAACGACAUAAAGAAGAACAAGAAGCUCGUUUGAAGGCUGAGAGAGAGAUGAACUUACAAGAAAAUCAGAAAUUUGGUCGUAAUCAAAGACAGGACGAAGAACAACGACUGCUUCAGCUACAACAAGAUCACCUGAAAAUGGAAGAAGAAAAACGAGAAGAAGCAGAAAGGGAAAGAAUCGAGAAACUCGAAAAACGUGUCGAGUUACAACAAGCUUGGCAUAAAGACGAAAGUAGACGAAUUUCUGAAGCCGAAAAGUCAAGAACUCAAGCAAGUAAUGACACAGCAGAAAAGAACAUCGACUUUCUAAAACGGCAAACCCAACGGCUAAGUGAAAAAGUUCAAAAAGAUGAGCGCAAAGACAGAGAAAUCUUUGAAGCAAUGCGUCGAGCCGAAGAGGAAAAGAGGAAAGGAGCAGCUGAAAGGAGAGGAGCAGAAAUCGAGGCUCACCAGAAGCUUAUCCUCGAGUURCAGCAAGAGGAAUCCAAACUACUGCAGGAGAACAUGGCAAAGAGGAAAGAGUUCUUAGGGGAAUGGGUUGAUGAGUUGGCGGUCUACCAAGAUACUCCUCCUAAAAAGUGCAUUAUCAGUUAGAAAGUUGUACUGAGUGGAAUUGGCCAUAUAUUUUCCAAUGUAAUAUCUCUGAGUAUAGACACACAACCUCGUUUCCAGGGCUUCUCUGCUCACUUUUUUUCCAAAAUGGUAGACAGAGAAAGCUCUGGUAUCGGCCAAUCAACUGACGAAUGAUGAGUAAUAUAGGGAUAUGGAAAAAAUUUCAUAUUUGUCCGGCCGAUCCCAGGGCCAUUUCUCCUCUCGGAAAAACUCCCUGGGAACGGGGAUGAUAGUUACAGAGGCUGGACUUUGGUAUUCUCAUUCAAAUAUGUCGCAUUCCACAUGGGGUGACCUACGUAGCACGCAGUUGAUGUAAUGUAUUCAUAAAAUGUAUUGUAUUCCAUUGUUUCUCGUUCUAUUGUAUUAUGUGUUUUGUAUUAUACCUUUAUGAAUAUAUUACAUCAACUGAGUGCGACGUAGAUUCUCUCCAUUCCACAUUCGCUUAGUAUCUCAUUAUUGGACUUCAUAGUACGUUUAUAAGUACCCGUCUGUAGUAGGAUUAUCUUUUUUUACCCAUUCCACAUUCGCUUAGUAUCUCAUUAUUGGACUUCAUAGUACGUUUAUAAGAGUGCCCGUCUGUAGUAAGAUUAUCUUUUUUCAUUCCUAGUGAACCCUUCUAUGGAUAUCUUAAGCGCUU